GUCGGCUUGUAGAAGCGAAAGCGAGAGGAAGCGACUGUGAUGUUCCACGCUGGAUGCUGACUGUUUUCAUUUCGCUGUCGGCAAGGAAGGUGAAACUGGAACCCUCGCUGCGACAGUGUGAAUGGGCAGAGGCAGCUGAUCUCACGAGAUUCUAAGCUGACGAUUGAUUGUCGUUCUGACACCGUGGGAGAGCUGACGAGGAGGUGGAAGGAACGCUCAGUAGAAUUGAGAGCCAUAAGGAGAGGAGAAGCAGAAGGUGAUAGCUGGAGCAUGGCCCCUCGUAAGAACAAUAACCACGGCGGGACCGGAGGCGGCGCCGGCGACUUGCAGGGGCUGAACGGCAUCGACCCAGAGACCAUCGAAAACCACGACGCCAAUGUGACGCGCUGCUGUGUCCCCACCGGCGAGUGUCUAAGGGCCACCGCCACCAACAACAACGACAGUUCCAUCAAUUUGGAGGACUUGCGGGACUGCGUAAAGGUCACUUGUAACAAUGAUCACUGCACAGUGGGCCAGUACAUGCACCGCGAAUGCUUUGACGCUUGGGAGCAGACGGUGCUGACUUAUCUGAAGACGUGCGGCCGAGCGCGUUCCUGGUCGGAAAGACAGCGCCACCAGAACCUGUGGACCAAGAAGGGGUACGAUCUGGCCUUCAAGGCGUGCGGCUGCCUCUGCGGCCGCGGCCAUCUGAAGAAGGACCUCGACUGGUCCCCGCCCAUGCCAAACAACGCCGGCUGCCAAGACGACUUCGAGAAGAAGAAAAAGCGACGCAACCGCCAGAACACCCGCCCCUCGCUGGCGUCCUCUGCCAAUGGACACCAUCUACACGGCAACAUAAAUCUCAACAACAAUAACAAUAGUAACAACAACAAUAAUGUAAGAGGAGGCGCCGGCAGCGACGCCCAGAACAUCGGCACCGUUCACCACGGUGAACUUCGGGGCAGGACUGGGUCGCUUUCUUCCAGCACUGGCUCCUCGUCGCCACCGACCUCCAGCGAGACGUCCGUCUCACCCGCCCACAUCGGGCACAGCAGUUCCGGACAUGGCGGUGGCAAGAAGAAGUCGAAGUUCGAGUUCUUCUCUGACAGGACCAGGGCGGGUGCCGGCGGCAAUGGCAUCUUCUCCAGGCGUCAAGAUUUUAGCUCCUUCAACUCACUGCCACGCCACAAACUCAACUCCUACCACAUCAAGAUGGAGGACGAGGGCAACCAUGGCAACGAUGAGACGCGCUGCUUCAUCCUGUCGACGCUGGCGGCGCUGCACACGUCCCGCGUGUGCUGCAUCUUGUGCCAGGCGUCUCUGCCCGUGUUCGACCGCUACCCCCUCAUCGACGGCACCUUCUUUCUCAGCCCUCGGCAGCACGCCAGGUUCUGCAUACAGGUGAAGGUGGAGGGCCGUACGCAGUACCUGUCGGCGGUGUGCAUGGCAUGUCUCGAGGGCUGGGGUCCCGGACGCGGCAUCCGCUGCCGCUUCUGCGGCACCGCAUGGGACGGCUCCUCCCUCGUGCUGGGCACCAUGUACUCUUACGACAUUUUCGCCGCCAUGCACUGCUGCAUUGAGCGCUCCAAGUGCAACAACUGCCAGAAGCCAAUGCUGCAUCCCCACCAACGGCUCAACUUCUACUCUGACUACAGCCACUCCGUGCCAUGCCCACAUUGCAGGACAGUGGAUGCACAUUUUGUGAAGCCACUGGCCUACUGUUAUGCCCGAAGCGUGCCACAGCAGCCAUGGUCUUAACAGUGUCCGCAACAUAGGAACUCACGAUUACCGUCUGCCCUCCUGCCACAAGUGGGGCUGGGCUACUACUGGGGCUGUUAUGCGACUUGGAAACUAAUGAUGUUGAAGAAAGAGAGAGCAUUCUAAUAGAUGUUAUUGAAGUGUAAAGGAGUCUAUGUUUCAUUUAAUAGUGAGGAAAAUUUUUUGAUAAUUGUAUUCCAGAAUUAGAGUUUUAUGUGGAUUUUUCUGUGGCAACAUUGUGUAGAAUACCAGUGCCAAGAGAAAGAUUAAGUUUUGUGUUGCAGAAAUAUCAGUAUCAUUGUUCUUGUGCUCUCGAAAUUGCCCCAGUAGAAGACUUUUGAAAUUAAUAUUUUUUGGCAGUCCUCACUUCUUUUGUCAUUUUGUGGCAUGAAUAACGCCUACAACAUCUGUUUGUACUGAAGGUCAGUCUCUUAUUAUUUUCUGACAUGUAGUGUUUGUGAGAUGCUUCUCCUUGUUUGAAAUUUUAUGAUAGGUAAUAAAUUUGGAUACUACUGCCGUGUUGUGUAGUUUAGUGCCAGAUGUUUGUCGUUUUCUCUAUGUAACUGUAUAUUUAUCUCAUGGUAGAUGUAUAUUUUAAUGUCGAAAAUGACGUGUCAAAGUGAGGUAACUUGCAAAACGUUCUUAUUUUCAAAAGAUCUUUAUAUAUGAAAAAAUUAUGAACUGAAACACCUUGGUAUGUUUGCAGUGUGUUGUAAAGUUACCGCUUUUGGAGAGGUAUAUGCUAAAUGGUUUUUCCUCAUAGUGAUUUUUUUUAUUGAAAGUGGGUUUGAUUAACAUUAAGUACAAAUAUUGGACUUUGGGAUUUAUUAGCAAAUAUUAGCAUUGGUGGAGCAAAGCACAAAUUUUAAAUAAUGUAUUUCCUCUGACAUAUGCGUAAAAUGUGGAAAAUUUUCUGCUACUAAUUUGUAUGUAUGCCUUGCUUAUUUAAUAAUGACAUUUUUUUGUUAUUUCAGAGAAGUUGUUAAGUUGGUACUUGUAGAGUUACAAUUGAAAUAAAAGUAAAUUAGUCUGUAAUUGACCUGCCGUGUAUUUGUCGACUGCUUUAUUCUAGAACCAAUGCUGGUAUUAUUUGUCCCACUGCUAUAGUAAGUCUGGUAAACUGUAAGUUCAUGUAGAGAUAAGACUGCUUAAUUUUAUAUGUUUUAUAUCAAUGUUUCUGUUUUCUUGUAAAUGAAAGAAAUCAUACACACUGGUAUGAACGUCAGUUUUUAUGUUGAAAUUUAGCUCACAUCCGCAUUUGAUGGAAGUGCUUUGAAUGAAGAGAAUGUUUUACUAACUACACAGAUAAAUUUUGUGACUAUUGUUUAUAUUUCAAUUGUAAAUGUCAGCAGAUGAAAGUUUAUAUGUCUGUAUCUAUGUAUAAAUAAACAAAAUAAAGAGGAGAGUGUAAGACGUAGACUGUAAUAAGUUUUCUAUGUGGUAAGAUUUCAUCAGUUAGAACAACUUCCUAAUUGUUAAUUACUAAUGCUAGGUUUAAGAGAAUGUACCACUGAAAUUUUCUGCUAAACAAGAAAACUUUGCUAACCAGUUUUCAUCUUGCUCAGAAAUCAUGUAAUCUACCAAAGCUGCCAGUGGACAGCAAUUACAAUUCUUAAGUGACUCCACUUUAGACUGUGUAAAAUACACCGCCCCAAAUUUGCUCAUGUGGAGAAUUCCAUGAAACAGAAUAUUUUGGUCUUGCAUUGACCUCAUAAGAUGCCCCUUUUGUGCCAAGCUGUGGCAGUUGUCUGGAAAUUUGUGUACAUUUUACAAACAAUUAGGUACAAAAAUAGACUAUUUAUUUCUUGUGCAAUAGUUAGGUAAAGGUAUGCUAUCACAUGCUUCAUUAUACAGUGACUAUUCUGUAUAUGUAACAAUCCUCACUCAAAUACCCCAUCACAAUUUCAAUUUGAAUUUUUCUGUAGAAUUGACUGUCUAAAUUUUAAAACAGAGUUUGAUUUUUGUUGCCCUGUCUGGGAACUGAAUUAGCUGUGAUAUAUUUGUAUCUUAUAUUUACCAAAAUAUUUUGAAUUCUUUCUUCUCAAAUCAGAUAUAUUAUUGAUAGUUUUUCCUUCUUGCAGGAAAAAGUUGUUUUAGUAUUGUAAGUCCAGGUGUUGUACUCCCGGUAGAAAAAAACUGACAGUGGGGAUUGUAUGUGCUUAUACAGAAUUGGGAAGAACAAACACAAAAUUAAAGAUAAUCUUGUUUAAGUCAUACAGGCAUGAUUUGUUAAAUAAGUCUUUGUGUUUUAUGUGAAAUCAGUUACAUGGUUAUAGUAGCGUCAGGACAUAUAUUAGAGAUAUAAAAAAAAUUGCUUGCUAGUUAACAAAUCGACACGUUACACUUUUAUUCUACAAUGUUGCAUAACUAUAUAGUGAUACGAAUUUGAUGUUCUAAAUGAGAACGAAGUUGCUUCUUCUAGCAAGUGUACAUUGAACAGUUUUAUAUUAAAUUAAUAUUCUGAAGUUUUGCUUUAGUGUGUGUGAUGCUAGAUAUUCCCUAUUUGACUGGUGGGUUGUACACAAAAACACAAAUUCCCAGCUAUAGUAUGUAAUUAGCCAUUAGGAUGCUGUUUUGGUACCUUAAAAAGUAGUUCACUACAUCAAAUAACCCCGAAAAUAUAGUAUAAAUAUGAAACAGGUACAAAAAAAUAAGAAGCCUUCAAUUGAAAACAUAUGUACAAAUACAUUUCACCUCAAAUUGGAGCGAGUGCAGAAUGGAAUGUGUGUUUUUUGUGUUGUCUCUAAGUAUUCUUGUAAGUAGAUUAUACCAUAUAUUUACUGUUUCCUCUCAAAACCAUACACUUUCCACAGUUUGGACAAAUCAAUAUUUUUGUCAGAUAUGGAAGUAACAUGUUCACCUUUAUCAAUGAUGGUAGAAAAAGAACUUUGUGCCAAUAACAGAUUUUUCUGCCAUCAGGUUAGACAAUUUCUUUCUUUGUUGGUUGGUGUGGUAGAUUUCACUAUAUCUACAAAAGUAUUGUGUUGUGUUUCUUUUCUGCUUGUAUAUGUUUCUCUAAAUGCAGUGUGUAUACAGUAAGCUGCCAUACUUUCGUAAGCCAUGAGUUGUUUUCUUUGGGUAAUUAAUGGAUCAUGUUCAUAAACUAAUUUAUUUCAUUCUGAAAUCUAAAUUGUCAUUCUUUUUAUGCGAAUAAUGUGAUGUAAUGUGAAUGUGUGUAUGAGUCACUUUAUCAUAAAUUUUCCAAAACAAGGAAUCAGCAUUGUGAAGAGAUUGAUAUUGAUAGAAAUAUGAAGCUGUGGUAGCCCCAGUUUAUUAUAUAACUAAAUGAAAUACCAUAGGCAAGGCCUAAUUUACUAGAAGGAUUUAUAUCUGUAGAAAUGGUGGUAUACUUACUUUAUUGGCUAAACUGCUUUUUAGAGACAUAAUAUUCCUUAUAUAAUGCUCUUUCCUCUAUGUUGUUGAUGGAGGCAAUGUUGGGAGUUGUUAUAGUCAAGCAAAUUAUAUUAUGUUGGUUGACAAUUUACAGAUAUUGAUGAUAGGUUUGCUAAGUUUUCCCUUCAUGCACUACCGUAUUUCACUAGAUGUAGGUUGAGUGUAAAGAUGUGUAAAGAUGUUUGCAAUUUUGGCCAUUUCGUGAAGCAUCCAACUAUGUUAGGAAGCUGGUGGAGUGGACCAAUAAGCAGAUUGAGAGGCUGUUAGGAGUGUGAUGUGCUGGUUAAAAUGUGGCUUGCCACUUAUAAAUAGUAGAUUGGUAAUAAACUAAGAUGGAGCAAUAGUAGAAAGUAAUGUGUAACAAUGGGAACUUUUUUUUACUCUUUGGUAUUUCGCUUUUUAAUAUUUUUUACAUUGGCAUUGUACAUGGGUCAGACACCCAUCUCUUUAGAUAUUUGCAUUUUGUAAUGACAAUAGCAUCUAUUGUACUGUACAGUAAAUUAAGUGCAAAAACGACUUUUAUGUGCUAUCAAAACACAGUAAGUACCAUAAAUAUACAACACAUCGUUUGUGUGAAGAAUAUAUGAGGGAUACACAUACUUCUCGUAUGUUGAUACUGGUUUUGGCAGCAGAAGGUUUUUUGGAUGGAGAAAUGAACAGUGUCUGAUAGUCUGUAUCCAACUAAAAUUGUUCUUUUAUCAGGGCUUUUCAUGCGACUAAUAUUCAGUGAUGCGGGGAAAAUGGAAACCCUUGCUUACAAGGGAAUGGGGCGACAUAAAUAUGUGACUUUGUUUACUGAGUUAGUAAAAUGUUGUUCACUGGACAGAAUGUUUAUGGUUUUCGAGUCUUACAUGCACAAAAUUUUGAGAGGAGCAAAGGAGUUUUCUGUACAUACAGACUUCACAAUGAAAUACAUUUUUUUACAUCUUUUGCAUUAGAGGCAUUCUACAAUUAGCUGUUGUACAAACUUUUGGAAAUGCCAUCUAAUGGCAAAAUAUCUCUUUUGUAAAGCUGAGGUGUGUGUAUAUGAGCUUGAAAGAUCUGUUACAGAUAUUUGCUGUUGAAUAUACCCAUGUAUCAGUAAGCGGGUUUUCUUUUUGCAUUAUUAGAAAUUCAGACAUCAAGAUCAUGUUUGAUAAUUUGUCUUCUUAUGAUAAUUAUUGGAGUACGUUGUGCAACAGUCUUUUUCUCAGGACUCAGUUUCUGUAUUAGUGAUAAGUUAUAUGUUGAGCUCAUUUAUAAACUGAAUGUAUUAUGUACUUUAUUUCCCUUCAUUAAUUUUUGUGUGAGUUAAGAAUCUGCAUUGGUAAGAGAAUGAUUCACAGUAUAUUUUCAAUGAUGGCUUCUGUGGCAGACACUGGGAAAUGAAAUUUUAAAUAAAUUAACUGUAAGAUAAUUGAAUUUUGUGUUUACUGUGAUAGAUGUGUCAGGACUUGAAAAUAAAUGUAACAUUAGGCUACUUGAUGGUUUACAUUAAAAUUAAAAUUUCAUCUGUAAAAUGCUUCCUGGUACUGACUUCAGACACUCUCCUUGUCUUCAUUUUAUUAAGACAACAAAAUCUGAGAUGCCAUCUUUCUUCAACACAACUCAAUAAGAAAUGUCUGUGCUACAUUUAUUUUUUAUUCUUGUAUCUUUUUAGUAGAUCGUACAAUAAAAAUGUGCUUUUUUGUAAUUGUGAGUUUUAACAUUUGUUAUUGAUAUGACUGCAGAGCCAAAGAAAAUUUUCUCUGAGAGUUCCAGUCACAUGUAAAGUUAGUUCACAGAUAUUGGUAAUGAAAAAGUAGUCUUACAACCCUGGCAUUGCAUCCAUAAGUAUAUCUCUGCAGUAACAUGAAGAAUAAAGGCAGGAAUGUUUCAGAAGCCUAUUUUUAAAGUGCCUCUCAAGGGGCUUCACACACAACCUUUGAGGGCUUUCAGCAUGUCGUAUCAUGUGUUGAGAAUGUCAUAAUUUUUAUUGUACUAUGAUAAGAGUACUAAUAUUACAAAUAAUAUAAAUAUAUAUAUAUUAUGCACCACAUGUGUAAUAUGUUAAUAAUCUGUAGAAUGUAUAGUGGAUUAAUGCUGUAAGAAAUAACAUUGCAUAAGACUAUUGUGUGGUAAUUACUCAAGUGCUUUAUUAUUAUCUUUCUUAUUAUUACUGUUGUUAUAAUUUUUGAUUGUAUGGGAAGCUUGACAGAAGUGUUCGCAACUCGUGAGCCACACAGCAAAGAGAGAGACUGAAUAUUUAAAUUGUGCUCAUGUAUAUAAAGAGCUACCAUGUUCGUUUUAAAAUUUAACUACAUUGCCUUCUCUGCUGAUUCAGCUACAUUUUUGUGAGAUUAAUGAUACAGAUAUAUUUUUGGAUAUUAAAAUUUGAGGGUUGCACUGACAAGGUGUUUUGAAUUUGCUCAUGUUGUUAUAUAAAUUUAGUACAGUUUUGUGCAAGUAAUUUAUUUCAUAUCCUUGACUGAAAACAUUUAGUAAAAUUCACUGCCAGAUUCCAUAUUGAAAUGACUGUUGAAACUACAGACCUGAAAUUUGUCUGUUCAAGUCCCGGACAAACAGUUAUUUGUUAAAUUGUUUUAUCACUAUAUCUUAUGUCCAUAAAAAUUGCAAACAUUUAAAGUGGGGUUGCACCGUUACCUGACAAAGUGAGAGAAAUUUUAUAGUGUACAAGCAUUUAUAUGUGUUGAUGUCAGCGUGUAAAUAGUCUGCAAAUUUACUGCGUGAUUUGUAUAGAAAACACGUGCUCUGUUCGAAAUAUGGAUCAAGAAUGGCUUGAUAAUUGUUUGACUUCAUUGCUGUUUGCUAUGUUAGAAUACACUGACUACAGCAAUAUCUGAGAAGUAUAAUAGUUCAGGAAUUUCAGUUAUCCACUGACUGGUUGCUCUUUGCAUUGGACUUUAUCAUUUGAAGGAAAUAAAUAUAUUUUGGUAGGUUACUUUCUCUGAAUAUACAUUUUAAUUCAAUUAAACAUGACCUUCAUGGAAUGGUGAUAUUAUAAUGUAGAAUUUGACAGCUAGGGAUUGCAGUUCAACCUAUGUUAAAAACUUAUAUUCCGUAAGUCUUAAGUUGGAAGCAGUUCGAUCCACAUUCGGGUAUCAGAAGCCAAGAUACAGAGCAUAAUAAUGAUUGGGUAAGUGCCACAUUUAUACUGCAGUCCUUCUACAGCAUUCUUGGCUAACAUAAAUGUUACCAGCUAGUUACUGUCUAAUUUUUUCACGGUAUUCCUCAUUUUGCUUAGUUACUCAUGUCUUAUGAGAGUAAUAAAGUCAUUAGGAAUAUUGGCCACGCAUAUUUGGUUCUCACAGAUAACAAGGAGAGAAGUACCUAAUUAGACAUCUGAUAUGUAUGUGUGUCUCAGAGGAUGCAGAAGCAGGUGACAGUGUUGGUGAUGAUGCAAGGGGAAGAGACAUGAGCGCCUAUGAAUCUGCUGUGUGGCCUUAGGAGCAACAGAGCACUUUCCUUCUAGCCUUCCCCAGUUCUCGUGGGCAAAGGACACUGGCUCUCGAAUUGUGUUCCUUUAUCAUUACAGUUGAGUGCUCAGCUUGAUAAUUGAAGAAUGACUAUCCCAUUUUUGUUUCCAAAAUAGGCAGAAAUUUAUUGGUCCUAAAUUAUUUUCAGAUAACGUGAACCAGCACUGCAGAACUUACAUCUAAAUAUUACUGCAUAAGUGAGAUACCUGUGUUAGCUUGUUCAGAAUCUGAAACCAAAGUCAUGACCCCUUAAACCAGUAUCUAGAGUACUUGUAAGUGCAUCAUUUCCUCCAGAGAUUGUUAAAAUGUAGCAAGUGUACAAGAUGAGGAAAGUUAUACAACAUAAAAUAUGAUGAAAUUACAGAAGCUCAGUUUCACCAAUUACUGCUGUUUCUGUUUUGUUACUUCCACUGUUACUAUCAGAAUUGUUUACUACAAAAUCACUUGUUCUGCAUAACCUAAGGCCAUCUCAUAUUUUAUCCAAAUGUUAAAAGAGAAGUGUAGCAUGUCAGAAAGUUCUGUCGUGUUACAGGACUCGUGGAUGGCUGCUAACUACAGUAUCAUUAUUCCAAAUAUUUCUCUUGUUAUAGUUAGACAUAAACACGUGAACUAGUACCUCUAUUUUUGCAGUGCUCGUUAUUUCCGUGAGUUCCUGUCACAUCUCUUGACUUUCUCUGCACCUUCAAAUUUUUAAAAUGAACAUCCAUUUUUUUUUGUAGUUUACAUAUGCAAAAUGAGUAAUUUAUAAACCAGAGAAUCAAUGCCUUCUGCUGGAUGUUACUUAUUGCAUUAUAACUCUGAUUAAUAACUUAUGUCUCCACAGAGUGAUUAGAAUUUUUAUACAAAGUUUUUUGCUAUUAGUUACAAAUAUAAUAAGUGUGGCAUAUUCUGACUUUUUUGUAUCAUUGCUCAUGAAAAAUUUCUGUUACAAUCUUCUUAUCUCUUUAUAUUCUGUAGCUAUAUUGUGUAAUAUGUGAUGCAUCAAUAUUGAUUCCGUUUUGCAUUGCACAUUUGUUUUUACAGCAGUUUCUUGUAUUUUGUAACUACAGCAUGGUUACUGUUACAGAUUAUUUCAGCUAACGUUUCCCUGAGUAACAUAUAUUAUGAUCUGCAGUUUGAAAUUUGUUAGAGUGGUUGAUGAAUGCUUCUUUCUGUCCUUGAUGUCUUCAUAUAGUUUGCUGAUACUACUUUUCACCUACAGAGUCUAGUCGAGCAUUUGGAGCUCGAACUUGUGCUGUAGUGCAUUGAAAUAUUUUUUGUUAUCGCUCAUGAUAUCAUUAGUCAGUGGCCUUAACCAUACUUACUUGCCAAAAAAGAAAAUUCUGUGUGGCAUUCUGAAUGGUGGAAUUUUUCUUUACAUAUAAGGAAAUAUUUCGUAAGAAAUUGGGUUUGCAAAUUCUGGUUUGUUGAAGGAAAUAGGUUAAUCAUUUCUAGUUGUGCACUCACUGUGACCUGACUGCACAGAGCCAUGUCCUGCCUGCAUCCCUACCAGAGUACAAAUAUUUGUAAUAUGUGAAGUGAAACUCAUGGUGUUGGCUUCAUUAGUGAUGUUAGCUUGUUGAUUGUGCUUCUGUUUGUCAUGCCUGUGUGUGAACUUUGGAUGAAUGUUGUUACAGUUAAUGGAAUCUACAAACAUUGUGAUCUCCAUUUGUUUGAGAGGGGCACUUACUAUCAGUGCCUGUAUAAAAGGUCUUUUACUACACAAGCAGUCUCAGUGAUAUUCAGUAUUAUGGCAGCUGUACACUUCUUUAGGGUGCCUUCUUUUGAAUUUGUGCUUAGUUUUCUUGGGAGGAAGAAGCAGUGAUGAUGCAUGUGGAAAGAACUGAUCCUUGAAUGUGCUAUUCCUAAUGACUUAUCCAUUGAGCUGGAAGAACAGGCUAAUUCAAUUAGGCUGAAUCCUUCAGUUCCAUGUUGGUCAUCAGUCAAACUCUUAACUGCAGUCUGCAGUGGUCUGUCUGAGUUUCGUUUUUGUCAGUUGUAACUACUUACACUUUUCCUCAGUGUGGUUUACUUUGAACUGAAUACACUGAGUACAGUAGCUAUAGUAAUUGUCCGAAAAGUUAUAUGUGUCAAGAGUAGCUGCUUCUUUUUGGUACCAUCAGAUGACAUGUGAUUGUAGCUUUGGUGUAUCAUUCUGCAAAAAUCUUAACUGUAAAAUUGAUCAUUUGCAGUAAAAGCACUUCAGUGUAUUUUAGAAUAAAUAAAUGUUCCAACCGAUGUCUCCUUUUAACAGCAGUUUUUGAGCAAGAAAGAAAAUGUAACGAUUUUCAAAGAAAUGUAAGAUGGUACUCAAUCAGCCUUUUGCUGUUUUCUGUAUAAAUGAGAUCUCUUCUUGUUGAGCCAGUGUGUGUGACAUUUUUAAAAUCUAAUAUUACAUAUAAACAUUUUUAUUAUUGAUGUAUAAAAGUACAGAUACCUUGUGAUGUCAAGUUUUUAUAUGAUGGUUUUUGGUGUCAAUUGUAAAGAAUUAUUGCGUGUUUAAUGUGAGAAAAUGUAUUGGAAACCUAUCAGCAAUGUACAUGUAUAUGUAUUUUUAAAUUGUCUAGUGUGUUGCAACAUUUGUAAAUACAAAUGUAUAAAAGGAAAUGUUUCUUUUCGGAUGGAAGGUCUUUUAUGAUCACUCUUGAGGUCCUGUGUGUUGAGAAAGGAAACAAACUUUUGACAGCUUUUUGUAUGUUACUUUAAUGAGUAAUAAAUAUCGAUAUAACUCAAAAAAA